GACCCGGUCACUUUGGACUCCUUUGCCAAGAGACAAGCAGGUAUUGAAAGGAGUCACCGUACUGGCAGGGAUAAUUAACCCUGGUCAUCAGAAGGUGAGGGGGCUGCUGCCACACUAUGGGGGCAGGCCCUGGAAUAAAGACCACCACAAAACAGGAAGCGGCCAUGUUCAUCCAGGCCUGGUGGCGGGGCACCCUGGUACGCCGGACACUGUUGCACGCAUCCCUCAGAGCGUGGAUAAUUCAGCGCUGGUGGAAGCAGAUGCUGGUGAAGCUGAUGGAGAAGAAGAAGCGAUUAUCCCUACAGUCCUAUGCUCAGCAAGAAUGGGCAGUGGUCAAGCUGCAGUCCUGGGUCCGCAUGUGGCGCUUACGCCUUCGUUACUGCCGUUUGCUCCACGCUGUCCGCAUCAUCCAGAUCUAUUGGCGCUGGCAUAUUUGUCAAACACGUGGCUUUAUUCAGGGCCGUUACAACCUCAAAGAAAGCCAACUAAAUCUUCAACUUGAAAUCUCUGUAGGCUUACAGGCUUGUAAAGUGCAACAGUGCAUAACCCUUCCAGUAAAUGAAUGAUCAGGUCUGCUA